AUGUGGUGCAAGUACAGCCGCAAGAAGCACAAGACCUACAACGACGGCGUGCUGGUGAUAAAGGAGGGUAAAAUAUGCAUCCUCAAGGACAUGCAAGCGAAGGAGAUCGGCAAGACGUCAUCCUACCCGGCCAAGGAGCUAGUCGACCUCGGCCCCGGUAACUCGCUCUGCUUCUCGGGCAAGGAACUUGAGAUCCUCGACGAGAUCACGCCAGAGAACUAUCAAUCCGGCUCCGUCUUCCUCGAUGAGGUCGAAGCCAAGGGUGGAGUGGCGCCGGCUCCGACGCCCAAACUAAAGAUACCCACCAAGUUCAAGUCGCACGCGGUGGGUGACGGAAAGCCGACCGUCAAGGAGAUCAAACCGCGGCACGCCAUCAACGAAGACUCCGUCGUCCUGUUCAACCCUACCGCCGCCUCCGACCCAAAUGGACCCCUCACGGCUGUGGUGGUCGAUCCCUACGUUGGAAAUAUUUUGCAGCCCCACCAGCGCGAGGGCGUCAAGUUCUUGUAUGAGUGCACCAUGGGCCUAAAGGGUCCGGGGCGAGGCUGCAUCCUGGCCGAUGAAAUGGGUCUGGGCAAGACCCUGCAGGCCAUCACCCUUAUAUGGACGCUUCUCAAGCAAGGUCCGAACGGCACACCGGCCUCCAAGAAGGCUCUUGUCAUUACUCCGACAUCUUUGACAAAGAAUUGGUAUCACGAAGUGAAGCGAUGGCUGGGCUUGGAGCGACUCCACGCUUUGGUGAUCGGCCAGGCGGCGUCCAAGAAAGAGGAAACACUGAAGGUCCUUGACGAGUUCAAGACAUCUCCGCACCGGCCUCUUUUGAUCAUCUCCUACGAGCAAUUCCGGAUCCACGCUACGUUCCUGCAAGGCGUGGCCGGAAUCGACUUGGUCAUCUGCGACGAGGGUCAUCGCCUGAAGAACGCUGACGCCCGCAUCACCAAGUGCAUCAAUGGCCUCGAGACUCGACGCAGGGUCAUCAUCACGGGCACUCCAAUCCAGAACGACUUGGAGGAGUUCUUCACGAUGGUCAAUUUUUGCAAUCCAGGCUUCAUGGACCUCAAGAAGUUCAGAGAUGUGUUCGCCACACCCAUCGUGCUGGGCAGGGACCCCAACGCCACGCCUCAACAGAAGCUUGAGUCGCAAUCACGUUCCACUGCUUUGAUGAAGCGAACGGAGAGCUUCAUCAUUCGCCGGACAAAGGACCUUCUGCGCCAAUACCUACCUCCCCGAGUGGAGCAGGUGGUGUUCUGUCGGCUCUCAUCACUCCAGGCGGACUUGUACAGGCAGUACCUCCGCUCCACCAUGGCGGCGGCUCUAUCCUGCAUUAUCUCUUUGCGCAAGCUCUGCAAUCACCCCUGCGCCAUCUUCCCUAAGCCCGAGGUGAUCACCCUUCUCAAGUUGCAAAUGGUCGAGGCAGAACCGGAGAUGAAGAAGGUGGCCGCUCUCUUUCCCGAGGACUUCACCGCCACCACUCACGAUAUCGAACUGUCGGGCAAGAUGGAAGCGCUCGACAAGCUUCUCGGCGUAAUCAGGACCACGACGAAGGACCGAGUCGUGAUUGUGUCGAACUUCAAGCAGUCUCUGGACGUAAUGCAGACCUUGUGCAAGAAGCGGUCUUACCGCUUUGUGCGCUUGGAUGGCUCCACGCCCACGGGCCAGCGCCAGAACAUCGUCGACCACUUCAACGACCAGACAAGCGACUAUUCGGGCAACGUGGGGUUCAACCUCGUGGGAUCGAACCGCAUCGUGUUGUUCGACCCGGACUGGAAUCCAGCUAACGAUGCGCAGGCAAUGGGCCGAGUCUGGCGUUACGGCCAGAAGAAGAAGUGCUGGAUCUAUCGCUUUGCCUCGACUGGGACGAUCGAAGAGAAAAUAUUCCAGCGACAGGUCGCCAAGGAGGGCCUCUCCAACGCUAUUAUGGACGCGAGUCGCAUGGCCGGCGAUGCUCUCAAGGUUCCUCCGCGUACCCAAUAUUUGGCUGCUCGGCGCUGCAGGUGGUCUGACCCUCCCUUCCCUAUCACAGGCACGCUUCACGAAGGAGGAGCUUCGCGACAUCUUCUCAUACAAUGA